AGUUUCUUGCGGCUAGGCAGUUUAAUCAAAGUUGCUUGCGGGUAGGUACUUCUAAUAAAUCUAGGCAAAAUGGAAAAGAAUAACAUUUUAUCAGAACAAAGUGAAAGCUGUGUGCAUUUAGCAAUGGAAAUAAUAAUGUUGUGCAAUAAUUUUAAAAAAAAUGUUGAGGAAUUUACAAAGUUUUGCGAAAAUAUAUCAGAAUUUGUUACCAAUGAUAUAAACGAUGAAUUCCAUGAAGAAUUAUUUAACAGUUUUGGCGAUAUAAGAAUAUUAGUAGAUGAUUUCCUUCAACAAGCAAACUUUAUACAAAUGGACUAUAAAUCGUUUAUUAGUAAGGCGAUGAAAGGUGAAAAAUUAUGUGAAAUACUUAAAAAACGAUACUCCUAUAGUUAUAACUAUAGUUUUUUACAAAAUGAUUUAAUGUAUUCCGAGUCUGUUAACAUUAAAAGAACAUGCAUAAUAAUAAAUAAAUCGACGGAACAUGAUAUGUUCUACAUUUAUGAUUUGACAUAUUAUAACACUUACAAGCGUUUUUUCAGUUUAUUAAGAAAAAUGAGUGUUAAACCUCUAACAAAACUUCCCAAAUGUGGCGAAUUAUUUGCUGUGAAAUAUUUUGGUAAAAUUUGUCGAGCCGUAAGAGAAAAUACACUUUCUAUAUCAAAAUACAUUAGAUGUUUUCUUGUUGAUUAUGGAAUAGAAAUUAAAAUUGAAGCUGAGCAUUCGAUUUUUGAUCUACCUCAUGACUUGAAGUACCACCCAUCUUUGGCAAUCCUUUGCAAACUCAACAUGGUGUAUCCGAACAAUUUUAAGAUUACAAAAGAAAAUUUUUACAAGAACGUGGUGGAUCCAAAAACCAAAUAUAAUUUUAAAAUAGUAAAAAAAAAAAACAACUUCUGGUAUUUAGAUUUGGAAGAGUACCAUAACCCUUUUUCAAACUCUUUAACCACCAUUGAACUUCAAGAUUUGAAUUUAACAUGCGAUAGUACAAAACAUAAUAAUAUGUUUACAGAAAAUUCAGAUGUCAAAGUGUCUGAAAUUGGUAUACAAGUUGAAAAUAACUGCCUAAAAACAGAUGAGCCUAAUUUUUUAUUUAAUUCUUGCCAACUUACUGAUUAUGAGAAAGCAGUUUUGUACGAAGAGCCUCUUAACACUACUAACGCCUUAAAGGCGGUAAUGGGGUACGAACCUAAGGAUGAAAUGCGAAUAUGUAAAUUUGCACAGAACGGUGAAUGCUUUAAGGGAAGUCGUUGCAAACUAUCUCACGAAGAUAAAUUGUUAAGUGGAUGGACGCGAGAUAAAGAAAUUGUUGUAUUAGAAAACAGUUUUCCAAUGGAAGUACCUGAAAUCGGUUCAUUUAUUAUGAUUAUACCAACUGCUAUCGAGAGUUGCACUACAUUUUUCGCUCAAGUCCAUAAAUUGGACUCAACAUGUUCCGAAACAUCUCUAGCCAAUAUGUCAAAAAUAUGGAAUUCAGAAGAAGAAAUGGCAAAAUGUAUAACUUUAGAUUGCAUACCAGCAUUGUUUGAGCUAGUUUUUGCAAAAUAUACUGACGGGUUAUUUUACCGAGCAAGAAUUAUUGAAAUCAGCGACAAUAACUUCUUUAUAGUUAGAUAUUUAGAUUAUGGCAACAUAGAAGCGGUUCAUGUUAGCGAUAUGAAGAAAUGGGAUUCAAAAUUUGAUGUAAUUCCUUGUCAGGCUCUACAUUUUACAUUUGCUAAUGUCAUAGUCAAACCAGAAAAGAAAGGAGAUUUAUUGGAUUACCUGAAAAGUAAUCUUUUAAAUAAUAUAUAUGUGGUUAAAGUUAUAGAUAAUGUUAAUAGUGUAUAUGUUCAAAUUUAUGAUAAAAAUGGAGGCCAAAAUUUGUUGGAUAUAAUGAUAGAUGCAGGAUUUUUCACAAAAUGCUCGGGAGUAUUUCAAAGUCAUAAUUUGCAACGUGUUCCAGGAUAAUUCGUUGAAUGAUCAAAUGAUAAAUCAGAAUUUGAAUGAACAAAUUUAAUUUUUUUUUAUGUGUGAAUACAAGUUUUUUUAUAUGUUUUUUCCCAUAUGUUUAGUUUUUGAAGUUACAAGAAAAUUUAUAUUAAAUUCAUCAAGAUUAACUUGAAAUGAGCAAAUAUGUAUUUUAUUUUUUUAGCGAUGUCAGAAUCAAACGAAAA